AUGGCGUCGCGAACCGAACUCGAGCCUCUCUCGCCUGACGAUCACGCAGUACCCGGCCAAUGGCAAUCGCAGUCGCUCCGAGAUAAUACAGCACGUCGGUUGGAGACCAAAACAACGUGGUAUCCGCGUGUAAGAGAGACAUUCCGACGACGGGAUGGAUCACAGAAAGGAUGGAAGCCCCUGUCUAUGACGGCCCCGAUCUUGACGCUGCUUACGAUUUUAACGCUUCUAAUUGGUUGUGCCAUUGAAGCAUUGGCACAGCUCAGCCGUUCUAGGGGUGGCCUCGCGCUCUCACGAACACAAGACGAAAUCCCACAAUAUGCUAUGAUAAGCUAUCUAUACGCUCCUAAUAUUAUUGCAGUCUUAUACAGUCUGGUAUGGAGCUGGGUGGAUCUCGAUGUCAAACGGAUGCAGCCAUGGUUUGAGCUAUCCAAGCUUGAAGGAGCAACGGCCGAAAACUCGAUGUUUCUCGAUUACCCCUACGACUUUAUUGCCACUGUUCCCAUUAAAGCUGCUAGGAGGAGGCAUUGGCCUGUGUUUUUCGCGGGAACAGUGACGGUUGUCAUCUUCUGGCUCAUCACCCCAUUACAAAGUUCCAUCAUGGGAACUGGCUUGGUCAACAUAACCGCACCGGCAAUAAUUGGAACGAGAUCAUCUAUCGUUCCGUUGGCAACCCAAUCUGACUAUCUCACAAACCAGAUCCUCAAUACCGGAUAUUCCAUCGCAUGGCUCAGUCAAUCUUGGCCUCCCUUUACGACCGCCGAUUAUGGCACACUUCCGUUCUAUAUAGAUAAUGAUCCUGGAGAGUCUCAACUCCAAACGAAUUGGACCGCCACAACGACAAAGUUAUGGACCGAGCUCGAAUGUUGGCCGGCCGAGCAACCGGUACAGAAUUUUUCUACCAUGGUGAUGCACUUUGGGAACGGCCAGGGGUGUAAUACGACCAUCAACCUCGACGUCUUCGCAUAUCUCAAGAUGUACUAUGUUGGAUAUUACACUAGCCCAUUCUCAGACUACCAGUUGGCUGAUACCGAGAACUGCCCUGCUACUGCAAAUGCGACCCAUCAAUUUCUCGCCGUAUGGGUGUCGACUAAGGGCGGCAGUGCCCAAAAAAUGCCCGAGGUCGAUAUAACUGCGCUGUUCUGCGAGCCAUCUUACUACAAGCAACAGGUGAUGGUUACUGUUGACACAAAUGGUUUCCAGCCGUUGAAUUCGUCAAUUCAACCCAUCUCUCCUCCAGAACAUCUAACUGAAAAAGAAUUCAAUUCGACUUCCUUUGAGUUUUUGAUCGCAAACGGUAUGCCAAUGGAACAGGUGUUGGAUAUCACCCGAGAUUUUCCAUUCGAGUAUGUCAUUGAACAAAGUCCUCGGUUGGACAAAACUAAUCUAAGCAUCCCGGUUUCCAACAUGGUUGGCUAUGCUCUUGCUCCCCGGAACGUGCCAGCAACUCCAUAUGGCGACCCUGUCCUGCUACAUGAGGCGUUCAACCGCGCACACAAAUACCUGUUUUCGAUUGCGGUAAACCAGAUGUUGGUUAAUGAUACGACUGUAGUCAACAGCACAGCAGUUUCCGAGUUUCAACAGAGCGGGAUUAUUGUCAGUCGACUAUUUUCUGCCAUUGUCGAAGGCCUUCUCCUCUUUGUGGCGAUUUCUACGACCUGCUUGCUAUGGUUCUGCCAUGCGUCUACGAGCUAUUUAACUAAUAACCCGUCAUCUAUAUCUCGGCUAGCCGCAAUCUUUCGCCACGGACAAGAAACGAACAAGUCAUUCCGCCCGGCGGAUCACGCCGACGAGAAGUCGCUGAAAGAAUUAUUCAAAGACGACAAAUUUCGGCUUACGCGAGGCGAGUACAACAGUGAUGGGAAUAUAUACCUAGAGAAGGUGGAUGGUCCAGAGGGCGACGAGAAUGAGAGAAAAUUCGACAAACCAAUUGGCUACUAUGAUCCCAUUCGACCAACACCUCUUAAGAGAGAAAUUGGACUAUUGUUUGGCCUGGUGCAGGUUGGCGCUCUUGCCACCAUUGUAUACCUCAAGGUUCAAAAUGACAAGAACAAAGGCCUUAUACGACCAUCGAAUAGUUUCGAGGUGUUACAGAUCCUCGAAAACUACAUUCCCACUGCCUUUGCUACCUUCUCUGAACCUUUUUGGGUGUUAAUCAACAGGUUUAUGUGUCUCCUCCAGCCGUUUAAAGUCCUAUCGAGGGGCCGAAGUGAGCCAUCAAAAUCCAUUGACACCACCUACACGGCACUUCCUCCACAACUGGUCAUUUGGAGGGCGCUCAGAUCGCGGCACUUUAUGUUAGCUAUGCUGUGUAUCAUUGCGCUGCUAUCAAAUGUCCUCGCUGUCGGACUCGGUGCUCUCUUCAACGAGGAUCAGACAACCGCAAUCUAUACAUCGACUUUCACCCCGAAUAUUGCUCCGCAGUUCGAUAACCAAACUGUAUUCGAUUUGCACCUUUACUUCUCCUUGAGAACGAUAGCUACCGGUCUGUACCAAGAUGAGGCAUACAUUGCCAUGGCGAACUACACAUCUGGAACACAACUUCCACCUUGGACGACGUCUGAUUACUUCUUUCAGCCAUAUACCGUCGAUAGCGGGGGCCAAAGUAACAGCAGCAGCACUUAUAGAAUUCCCACGCGAGGUUUCGGCGCCAGCAUGAACUGCACCGCCGUGCCACAACAUACACUCGCACUCUCGUAUCCAGCGAGUUUGGCUUCGGCUUGUUCAGCCGAUGCAACUACUCAGCUAGAGGUUGCCGAAAUGGUGUUUAGAACGAACCAAACUACUAGACCUGCUGGCCAAUCUGCUAUUGAAUAUAGCGAUUCCCUGCAGUCGAAAGACUCUUUCGAUGAUUGCAGCCGACCUAUGACGUUUGGAUGGGGUAGAACACCUCAAGCACUAAACAUGAAUGCGACCGUUGAAGCAAGCUUUGCUAUUUGUCAUAUAUUCUUUCAGACGGCUAUGUUUGAUGUGCGGCAUGAUGCAGAGGGCAACGUGCUAGAAUACGAAAGAACGAGCGAUCUUUCCACACAUCUGGACGGCGACGACGGGGAUGUACAGACAAACAGGAUGAUCAUCAAUAUGAAUAACCUCGUCAGAGCAUAUGGGAGGGUAUGGCAUAACGACACACUAUCAAGAGACUGGAUUAACUACCUCUUGACUACGACCCUCGACGCCCGAGAUUUUCUGGAUCCCAGUAAACCGGUUCCCGAUCCUAAUGACUUGAUUCCUGCAAUCGAAAAAGUGUACCGACAAUUGUUUGCGAUCCUCCUUAGCCUUAAUCAACAACUAUUUGUGCCUGGUGACGAAGAGGCUUCAAUAACAGGCCAAAGGCUAACAGAAGAAACACGGAUAUUCAUGGACCAAAACGCUUUUAUAAUAGCCGUGACGGUCCUAUCUCUCAACAUCGUCGCAGUCGUCAUAUUCUACUCCCGCGGCAUCAUAUUCAACCUCCCCCGCGUUCCCACCACUAUAGGCUCGGUCCUUGCCUUUGUCUCAGCAAGUCACAUCCUAGAAGAUCAAGGGCCGUCUUCAAGAGGCCAAGAUGGCAAAUCAAGGGAGAAAAAGACGUAUAGUUUUGGCCGAUAUAUCGGGGUAGAUCAGAAAGUACAUCUGGGGAUCGACAUGGACCCUUAUGUGGCUCUGGUUGAUCCCGCGUCGUUGAAAGAGAAGAAGACUUUGCUGCAGAGGGUGGUGACGGGAGAUUUGAGGAGGAGGAAUCAAGGGACGUUUGAGCCAGUGAGAAAUGGCACUUGGCUCUGA